UUUAUGUUACUGAAUUAGCAUGGCUACACUGCCAACAGGGCACCUUCGAUCGGUGUGUCGCUGUCAACAUAUUUUUGAUUUUUGAGCAAGUAUAAAUAAAAUAAUCAAAUUAAACAUUAAUAUUCUGAAACACGUCCUCUUAUCCGUAUAUCUUCUCAGUGUCGAUGUUGUUCGUCGCAAUCUACCAUAUGUAAGGAGCUCUUGACCGAAUGUUACGUAAGCCACGAUAAAUAUGUCGUGGAUGAAGCGGCCGCAAAGCGGAGCUGCGUCGAGACCUGAACAUCCUGGCUAUGCUGCAGCCGCAACUCAGCCAUAUGGAAAUCAACAAAAUAUGUUUCCAAAUUAUCAAGGGGUGCCUCCCCAACAGCAGCAACAAAUGUGGCAAAUGCCACAACAACAGCAGCAGUACAACCAGCAAUAUGGUCAAGUUUAUCAACAACAACCAUUUGUAAACAACACUAGCCAGUACUUUCAACAACCCCAACAAUACAAUCAGAAUUAUGCAAAUCAAAAUUAUGACAAUGCACAGCAGGGCUUACAACAGAAUUACUAUCAGAACCAGACACCCCAAGUUCAAAACUAUACUCAGAGUGAAGGAAACACAGAUGGCUGGGAGGAUAACUGGAACUGGGGCUGGGAAGACACAACUAAACAGCAGCAGAAGCCUGCAAGUGAAGUGGCAUUAAAUCAAACACCAGUGCAGCCUCAACAUUUUAAUAAUGCUAAUGUUUUAGAGGAAAGUUUCACUUCCACAAAUACUUGGAAUUGGUCUGUGGAGGAUAAAAAGCAAAAAGAUCUGCAACUAAGCAAUGAUGUUCAGUAUGAUGGUGACCAGCAGACUCAGGGAACACAUCUAGACAGCGAAAACAAUGAUCACAUCACCGGCACUGGGACCUCUGACCAGAGAAGGGUGAGCAAUGGUUCUACUCAUGAGGUUACAAAAGAAUUGGACAACGUAAAUGACAUUAACAAAGAUAAGCUACCUAAUAUAUCACUAGGGAAACGGUUUAAUUUAGAAAAUUUAACACCUCAGUGGUCAAUAGAAUCCCAGAUGUCUCAAGAUUCAAGUGACCUGCAAACUCAUUCUGAAGAAACAUAUAAAAGUGAAAACCAGUCUAGGAACUCCAGUAAAGACAGCCCUGGCCCACAUACUGAUACACCCAAUUUUAAUUUUUCUCACUCUGGACUUCAUGAGACAGGUGUUAUGAAUAGUGAGUGGUCCAAGCAGUCUACUGAUGACUCCCUAACAGUUAGUGUAUCAAAUAGUAAUCGUCGGCAGAGCUGUGAUGAGCUUGCUAAUUCUGUUCAAGAGUUGACCAUAACUAAUAGAGAGACUGCAGAUCAGGGAUCAAGUCAUCCGAGCCAAAGUGUAGAAAAUCUAGUUGGACCUGAACCAAAUCAGUUUGUUUUACAACAAACUUCAAUGCCACCACCACCACCUGUGUCUUCAUUGCACAAUCCUCAGGCUUCUCAAACAACUACACCAUCAACUAAUACCGCUCCAUUUCCACUCCCAUCUCUCACAUCCGCUCCUUCUUUAGCAUCCUCUCAACAAAUACUUCCACCUCCGUCUGCAUUACCCGUUCCUCCAUUGACGAGUUUCCCUACAUCAACAGGCCAAAAUCCUUUCAAAAGUUCUAACCCUUUCUCACACAAAAACAUUGCCAAAGUUGCCUCAACCAACCCUCAGUUAUUUCCACCACAAGUGCCUGGAGCCGGCCUCGCCUCUCCUGCAGCCGUCAAUAAAGUAGUUCAACAAGAGAGACUGACUACAAGUUAUGGAGUUAACUUAGAAACCACGCCCGAUAACUCUGAGAGACCAGAUCAACCGCAACACUCGAGUUACAGACAAUUGCCAGUUAACUGUCAAAUUCCUGAAAACUUAGAAGUAGCACCACAGAACGAUAGAAACGAGUAUUUACAGACAGCUCAUCUGUCUAUUGCUGAUUACGGAGAAAAUACAGACUUCAGCGGCAAUAUAGCUCCUCCUGGACUGCGACGGAUGGGAGUCGGCCAACAGGACCAAGAAUAUAAUCAGAAUUUAAAUACUUCCGGGGACGAACCACCUCCCGGUCUAGCCCGAAUGGUCCCCGGUCAGCAAACCGAAAGCGAUAAUACGUAUAAUCAGAGAGGCGACGACUAUAUGGACCGACAGAUAGACGGCCGGCCCACCGACACCGGCGGGCGACCCUACAGGCAGGCGGAGGGGCAACAGACUUCAGAUACCUUCGCACAACCGGCAACGAGCAGGAACCCGGAGCGGAGACCGGUCGGCCUGGACAGGAUGGUGCCCGGCGAACCCAGCAACGAUGACUUCCCGCAGUACCAGGCUGGAGGGUUCAACGGACCUAAUGAUCAUAGAGUUGUCACCGGAGUCGACCACGACUACACGGCGGAGGUCGGGCCGACGGAUAUUAGAGAACAGAACGUCGACGGUUCCGAUUACACGGAACCGGCUCCGAGAAUCCCACAGAGGAGCGUCGUCGGCUCCAGAGUGGAAGACGCUGGCGACACUGGCACGCCCGACUACGGCGUCUCCGGAGACGACCGACGGCGGGAGAUUACUAUGGAGGGAGAAAAUUUGCAAGAUUUGAGUCUUGUUUCAUCCACCGAAAUAUCAUUUUCUAGAGAUCAUACGUACGACGGUAUCGAGCUCGGAACCGCCGACGACGGCAAAGAGAGGACUCACGACGGCGCAGACAUCACCCAAAACAAGAACUCCAGGCAGUCACACGGCCGAGUGACUUCUGGCGAGGACUCGGACAGGGAGCGAGGAUCGAGGAGAGACAGGGAAAAGACUAAGUCCUCCAGAGACCGCUACAGGGAAAAGGAGAGGGGGAGGUACUCUCGGAGCGAUAGGAAAUAUGAUCGCGAGCCUGAGAGAAGGUCCAGCAAAGACGAGCGGCGAGCGGACAAGGAUCGGCGGGACAGGGACAGGAGGACCAGGGAAGACAGUCCGGACGGACGACGGUACCGGAGGAGCACCCGCAGCCAUCGAUACGAGACCGAGGACACGGACUGCUAUAGCGACAAGGAGCGCGAGAGGAGAAAAUACAGGGAGGGGUCCUAUACAUCCACGAGGCCGCCCCGGGGAGAGGAGCGGUCCGGAGGGAGACCGGGGACCACGGAGCGAGACAGGGAGAGAGAGGGGAGGUACGAGGACGACAGGGGCAGGAGGGGGGAGGGAAGAGACCGGCGGUACAGACCCAUCGACAUGAGGAAGGCAGAGUCACUGAGGAGGGACAGACCCAGGGACGACAGAAAGAAAGUCGUUACUUUCAGUCCCGAAGUUAAAAGUGAUCCUGAAGAGACCUACUCGUCGGGGUCACGCGGCGGAUCACGGGAGGCCACCGACGAGGAGCCGACACGACGACGAGACGACCGACGACCGACCAGGCAGAAACAUUACUACGACGGGUACGUGCUGGGCGGCGCCGGGUGGGACGCCCGCCGUCAAUACUCGUACUUCGAGCACCUGCGACGCACGGAUCCCGCCGCCUACAUGCACGUCUACAACCAGCUGAUGGACCCCCGACACUCACACGCUCUAUACAAACAGACCUACUACGACGGGUACGGCGCUGGGUACGGGCAGGAGCGCGGCAGUGUGCACUCUGGGCGGUCCAGCGAGGCCGGGCUCAAGCAUGCUGACACGUACGACGGGCGGGGCAGAGACGCCGCGUCGCUCAGGACCGACCUAUCAGACAGGGAUCUCACCACCGACAUGUCGCUGAACCUGCAGCUGGAGGAGAGCACGGUGCGCUCGGAGCGAAUGACGCCCUUGAAGUUCAGCACCGCGCACGUCAAGUGCUCGGUGGGGGCGCGCUCGCUGGCCGUGUCUCGUGGCCGGGAUCCACGCGUGCAGCUCCUGCCGCUGACGGCGCUGACCCGUGACCCGCUGCGGGACCACAUGGACGGCUACCCCGGACCGCUCGUCAGAGGCGUCACUCACAAGAAGAGCGUCGUGGAGUAUUGCGAGAGACGAGCGAGGGAGGCGGGGGCCGGGGCGGGCGAAGGAGCCGCCGUCGGGGACUCUACCGGCGCCGUGCUGCUGUGGGAUCUGCUGGCGCUGCUGCUGCGGCAGAACGGGGUCGUGGUGGGCUCCGAUGUAGCGGAGUUGCUGAUGAAGAACACGCGGGCGUUCGAGUACAAGGCUCCGACAUCCGAAAACACAGACUGCGGGAGUUCAUUGGGCGAGGAUGGAGAGGGACCCGCGGCCACGGAAGACGUCCCGGCGCUGGUUCCUGAAGAGCAGAAGAAACCGGCCGUCAGUGAGAAGGAGGCUCUCGCCAAGUUCCGCGAAUACCUCAUAUACGGCAACAGACAGGAGGCGCUGGAGUGGGCCAUGCAGUGCGGUCUGUGGGCGCACGCUCUGCAGCUUUCGUGGGCGGGUGACCGGCGAGCUCGCGCCGCCGUCUCCGCGCGCUUCGUGGCCGCUCUCGGAGCCUCCGACCCGCUACAUUCGCUGUACGCCGCCCUCGCCGGCCGCGCCCCGCCCGCCCUCGCCUGCGUAGCUGACGAGCGCUGGGGCGACUGGCGCCCGCACGCCGCCAUCCUGCUGUCCAACUCAUCGACGCGUCCCGACCAGGACAGGCGGAACCUCACUCAACUCGGCGACACUCUAAACGGCCGCGGGCUGAUCUAUUCGGCGCAGUUCUGUUACCUGUCGGCCGGCGUUCCGUUUGGCGUGCACCCUCUGGCGCCGCUGACCGCUCGGUCCCCGGGCUCCGGUGCCGCCCCGCCCCGCUUAUCUCUGCUGCUGGCGGACCCGCGCGCGACCUCCCUACGUCACUUCGCCACCGACCGGGCCAUCUUCGCGACUGAGAUAUACGAGUACGCUCUGUCGCUGAGUCAGGAGCGCGUUCUGGACGAGCUGGUGGUGUACAAGCUGGUGCUGGCCACGAGACUCACGGACGCGGGCGAAGCGGAGCGCGCUCUGCGGUACGCCGAACAGGCGGCCCGUGCUCUCACCGCCAGCCCUCAGAGAGACAACACGAGGGCGCUCGCACACGCCGUGGCCACACUCGCUGACAGGCUGAAGUUUUUCGAUCCGGCUCUCCACGACGAGCCGGAGGGCGGCGGGGAGGCCGCCGGGGAGAGUGCGGCCGGAACUCUGGUAGGAGUGGGAGGAUCCGGGAGCGAGGAGCCCUCGCCCAGACACCAGCAGUGGCUCACAGACGUGACGGCCCUGGCCAGCCGGCUCACGAUGGAGUCCUCUCAGAACAGCACCCCGCAGCACGGCGCGGAGCUGACGCCUCGAGACCACGAGCACACGCAGUACUCGUGGAACGAUCAGACGCUCCAACAGCCGGACAUGAUGACGCAGCAGUACCCCGACCCGGUCCCGGAGGCGCCGGACUACGCGGCGCAGUACUACCGACAACAGCAGCAGCAGUUCCAGGAGAUGGAGCAGCAGCAACAGCAGCAGUACGAGCCGCCGCCCUACGGCGAGUACGACGAGAACCCCGCUCCGUACGGAGACUCCUACUGGCAGAACGACACACACUACGGAUAUAAUGACGGCGAGACGGCCCGGCCCACCAUCACCAUGCCGGGGGCCACCAGGAGCCCCGCGCCCGAUCACGACCGAGAGCCUCCCUCACACAUGCUGUCGCAAACCGAAAGAGAUUCGGAAAGCCCGACACCCGCCUCCAAGGACGGCAAAACGGCAGAUGGAGGGAGCGGCGGACGAGAGGGCAAGGGGGCGGACAAGAAGGGUGCGGGGGGAGGGGGCUGGCUGUCCGGAGUACUCAGCAAGCUGGCGCUCAGGCCCCCCAACCAGAUGAUACUACCAGACGACAAGAACCCCACAAUCGUGUGGGACGAGGACAACAAGUGCUGGCGCGACACCGCAUCCGGGGACUCCGGCGAGGCCUCGGGUCCUCCGCCGCCUCCACCUACGGGACCCCCCGUGCCCGCCGCCGGCCCUCCCGGACCCCUGACGAGCCCCGCGCUCGUCUCCUCCACGCCGCUGGCCUCCCCCUCCGCUAACAUGUUGAGGAUGCAGAAGGGACGACAUAUAAAGAAAUCUUACGUGGACGUCCUGAACCCCGGAGGAGCCCCCGCCGCCCCCGUCGCUACCCUGGCGCCCCCUCCUCCCCCGGCGCCGGGAGCUCCGCCGUCGUUCUUCAUACCGGCGCCUCUCCCUCACCAGGAGUCAGAGCUGGUCCCCAACGGACAUUAGAAGGGGGGUAUCUUCGACCCUACGCAGAUAGCCGAGGACGACUACCGCACCGGGAUCUGACCGACCAGUCCGACGAAAACCGAGCGCUGGGGACGUGAAAGCAUUCUAGUACUUAAAUAUCUGUACAACGAUACCACCAUGAAUAACACAAACUUCUCCCGGAUGCGGGGCGGCGACCCGCGCCGCGGGGUGCCCUGUCGGCUUAUGAUUUUAUUGAAUAGUUUUUGUUGUCGAACAUUCCGCUUAACACUUUAGAGCUUAGUCACGUUUAAUAAAAUGAGCUGCGAGGUCCAGCGGGUCCCGGGGUGUGGACCACACUCAUACAGCAGCGAGGGGGCGCUAGAGAUGUUGAACACCUCACAGGGUUCGAAGAAUGGUCAUUACAAAGAUUCGUUUGUUUUUAUGUUAAUGUUAUAUGAAGGUCAACAACCCCUUCGACCGGUCGCUCCUCUCCGUCUCUAUUCUCCGCUGUCCUUCCGCCGACAUCUCUUCAGUCGCUAUAUUUAUAAAACGCCGGAAGUCAUUGUUUAAUGUCUCUUAUAAGUCUCGUCAUCGACGCGGUGUUGUUUCACUUCAUGUUACUGGCACGGUGCGCAAGGGGAUGUUUAUUUUUAUCAAAAUUUCAAUAGACAAUAAAAUGUUAAUUUCUCUCAUGUUGUAUUCCUUUAUAUAGACAUAGUAUUGUUUGAGUGAAUGUUCAGAGUUCGUGUGUGAGGGUGGGGGUGAGGGUGAGGGCGCAGUCGCUAGCCGGGACUCCGACCCGGAGCCGUGUAGCUCGACGAGGGGUAGCUCCAGCUGGUAUCUGUAUAUUUGAAGGACGAAGCGAUACUUUGUAUUCCGAAAUGUAUUAUAAUUCAUUGUAUGAAAAUUAUUUAAAUAAAUUGUUUAUGUUAUGCUUGA